UUAUUUAUAAUUAAAGAAAGAAAACUCUUUAACAUAAAAUUUUAAUAUGAUCAGGGGGACACUAUCAGAAAUAUAAUAUAUAUCUUAUUAUUAUACAGAAGUUAAGAUUCUGUUUCUUAUUUAGUAUUUAACUUUUGGUUAGUAUUUCUUGUCUUUCUCCAGUUAAUUAGAAAAUCUUGUUGAUAGGUAACAGUUAAGAUAACGCUUCGUAAUAAAUAAAUACUGUUGCAGCGAGCUCUUGUUGCAGUUUGUAGUCUACGAAGCACUGCGUAUAUCGCAGCACCUGCUUAUUUCCAAAGGGAGUACUCAGGUAACUUAAUGAUUUUUCACUUGGAUUGAGUGGAUUAACUGCCUUUAUUGACGAUUGAUUUGUGUUCUCUCGUUCGCGGCACCGUGUUACAAUGGCGGUAAAAAAAGGAUCUAGUGCGUUCAUGAAGACACGCGUAAUGUCGCUAGAGAGACUCAAGAGAAGUGUCGCGGGCGAAGAGCGUCGCGGUGGCAUGGAUGAAUUAGAACGCGGCUAACCCGGGUUUACAGAAUGCGUCAAGAGCGGGAAUACAAAUCUUAGCUAACUAGUGAUGGCGAUACAAAGUUUUAUAUUUAAUAAAUAGUUGUAUAUAUUUUUUUAUAAGCAUAAUAAUAAAUGCUUAAAUGCUUAAAUGCUGAAAUAAACAGUUCAUUUUUUAUUUCGUAUUUUUUGCAAAAAUUUGUAAAAAGAACAAGAAAAUAUAUAACUGAAUACAUAUGUAAUCAUUAGUCGAAGUAUUACCUUCUUUUAAAAUCUUUAUGUACUUAUAUAAAUAAUUGAAAACCUUAUACAUUUUUUUAGUUUCAUAAAUGUUUCCCAUUUUAAAUCUUUAUUUUUCAAUUUUGUAUUCACCAAAAAAUUAGAAAAAUCCCCUUGUGAACUAUAUUGAAUACAGGUACUUUACUUCAUCUUUUAUGUUAAAAUUUUUUUACAAUAGUUAUAUCAAAUUUUUUUAAAGUAAUAUUUUUUAAAGUAAUACUAUAUUUAAAUUGAUGUAAAUACGAUUAGAAUAAGAGAUGUCUAACCUUCUUCACUUUAGUAUUUUUUAUGAAAUAAAAGUGCAUUGCAUUACAUCAAAUAUAUGUGACAUAAUUUGCUUGCUUCAGUUUUGGCUACUUUUAUUGUACCGGGAUUAAUAAUAAUAACUUGUCUACCUCGGAUACUCAAUAUGAUUUUACCAAUGAAUGAAUCGCGAUCGGAACAAUUAAUAAUUACAGUAGAAUACUUUAUCGAUAGAGAAACAUACUUUUUCGCUAUUAUACAUAUUAUCGUAGCUCAGUAUGCUGGUUGCAUUACGAUAACGUCCGUUGCAACAAUACUUAUUGCAUAUGUUAUGCAUACAUGCGCUAUGUUUCAAAUCGCCAGCCAUAGAAUAAAACAUAUAUUUGACGAGAACUUAGAACUAAUAUCAAAGGAUAUUAAACAGUAUACACUUUACAAUAAAUUAAUUCAUGCAGUAUAUGUUCAUCGUAGAGCAAUAGAUUUGACCAAUAUUUUGACAAACAGUUUCGCGACAUUGUAUUUCGUGUUAUUAGGAUUUGGUGUGGCUUCGAUGUCUCUUAGUUUUUUUAAUGUAAGCGUAUAUGCAAUUACUGCAAUUAAAGAAAUUAUUUAUUUAAAAAAAACAUUAAUUAGUGAUAUACGAAUUAAUGCGAUAUGUAAACAUUACAUGAAAGAUAUGAUACAUAAUUAAUUAAUAAUUUUAUUCAAGUUUUUGAAUGCAGUAAUAUUCUUGGAAGUAGACACAAUAGUUAUAUGCAGUUUUGUUAUACUUAUACAUUUCUAUUAUAUAUUUCUGGGAAA